AUGCCAAUCCGGCCACUUGAUGAAUGGGCGUCUGCCCGCACCCAGUCCCUUCCUCUCUCCGCUCUCAAAGGGGCUGUUGUUGGCAUCGAUGCGUCGCACUACAUUUCCCAGCACCUUCUCCACCACUCGACCCGCGAGCCUUUACUGGUCGCUCUGGGCGGCUUCCCAUUUGCGCUGAAGACCAAUAUUGAGAGAGAGUUACAGAGUUUCAAGGAAUUGGGUGUGGCAUGUCUUUUCGUCUUCAACGGCCUAGAGUUUGGGAAAAAGGACCAGCGACCACACGUGCAGACAGAGUCAUUGCGAGCUUUUGAACAAGCCUGGGAGCUUUAUGACCAACAACAGGCGGAUCAGGUAGUCGACGCAUUUAGUGGCGCGGGCACACCGCGACCUGAAUCCCUUUACAGAUUUUUGCAGCGCAUCCUGUACCAAAAUGGGGUUGACUUUAUCGUGGCGCCGUAUAGUGCCGCGGCUCAGCUUUCCUAUCUUGCCAAGGGCUCCAAUCCCGUCAUUGAUGCGGUCUUUGGGCCUUCUGACGCACUCCUCUUCGACAUUGACAAACUCAUAACACGGAUGGAUAUUGAGUCUUCUCAGUUUUUCUGGAUUACCAAACAAACUUGCCAAGAUGAAAUGGGUAGGCUAUCAAAUGAGCAGUUCCUGGAUUUCUGCCUUUUAUUGGGCUCAUCGUUCCUGCGAACUUUCCCGGGCUUCGAAAACCCAACAUUUCCGGGAAAGAGCGUCAGCAUUCGUGAUGCUCUUCCGAUAUUCAACCAAGCGGGUCGAAAUGCACUAGCUCUAUAUGCUCAGUUCGAAGAGGAUCGUCGCGUGCAGGAACUUCAAUAUGCCGAUGCUUACAAGCGCGCGUUCAUGACGGUGAAGCACCAUGUGAUCAUGGACGUCGAUGGCAAGGUUGCACCUAUGGAUUCGGAGAACGCCCCGUCCGAUAUGCAUGAACUGAUCGGCCAGCGACUGCCUGAAGAACUUUACUUUUACCUCUCCAAGGGCGUCCUAGGUCCGGAAAUUCCUAACUAUCUGACAUCUGGCGAGGUCCAAAUCUCCCUUCCAUUGGGAGUUGAAGAUACCGAAAUAUAUCGCCAAACUGUGAGCAGCACGCUCACUCCAAUCAAGACUCAAUCUAUCUGUUUACUCUCGAAUUCCCUUCACAGGUUCUACCAGACCAAAGUGAUCAAUAUACGGACAUGGUUUGACGAAAAGUCUGACAAGUCCAUCACACUGAAGACUCUUCCUUCUGUCAAGGAAACCAUCCAGGCGUGGAAGAUCCGCUCUGACCAGCUGCCCGAGGGAGUAAAGAAGCUACAGAGCACCUCCUCGCCGCUCAAGUUUGCUGUACAGAGCCUGCAAGAUCCCGAAUUCGGAGCCAAGUCUUUUGCAUCGUCUAAGGAUGCUCAACCGCUAUCGUCGCAGGACGAAAUUCUUGCCAAUGUCUACUGGAGGUUCCUGCAAUUGCGAGGCUACAUUGAUGAGAAGCACCGACUCACCUCAUGGGGUGUCUGCCUCGACCAAGCGCUUUCCGUCCUUGAUCCCGCUGAUAAUUUGGAAGAGGCGACGUUCCUCGCCGUUGAAAUGGUCCGUUUUGGCCUCCUGAAUUCCAAAGAGUGGUUUUCUCAUGUCUCAGGAGGUCCGAUGAGAGGUUCAGAUGAGGACAAGAAGUUCAAUAUUCUGAUCUCACGUGUGGCUUGUAUCGCUAAGAUACAACACAAGAACAUCGGCUAUUCAGGGCCCCUCAGCAGGCAAUUGCUCUGUUACCGCUCUCUUAUUUCUGAGGUCCGCUCCACAUUAAGAAACCUGAUCGAAGUCGUUUUAGCUAGUCUGCUUCUUAGCGGAGAUGCUAGCAGAGAUCGGAAUGACUGGACCGAGAUGAGUAUCAAACUCCCGUUCAUCGACGACAAUGACUGCGGUCUCGGCAUUGCAGUGCGCACAUAUCUCGAUGAUCUGCCCCUGCAGGCGGACCCAACGUCGCCGGAGGCACGGUUAGAGGUGAAGUCCAAGGGUAAAGAAUGGUUUCAGCACAGUGACAGCUUUACAAGCAAUCUGGAAAAGGCUUUCAAGCUCUGGGAUGCGGUCUACAAGGGCACGCAGAACGCGAGUAAAGAAUUUAAGGACGUUCAGUUGUGGCAGGAGGCAAAUGAAUGGUUGUCGGGGAGGCGAUAG